UUCAUUCAUAUUAUGCCAACGAGGCCAGUAGCCUCAAAGCGCCGUUUUCACUUUGACCCAGUGCAGUGGUAUGAAGAAUUGAUGCUCCUAGGUAAACCGUUUUGGUAGACCCUACUGCCCAUUCCAACUGUCCCAUAAUUGCAGGGCUUCUAGGAUAUGGUGUGCCGAUGACCAAGACCAGUGCUAUUUAGCUUCAGGCAACCACAGUUACUUUGGGUGCUAAAAAGUUAAACAAAAAACUGGUCAAAAGAGUGAGAGGGGGAAACUGCUGUUGUUAUCUAAUCGCCGCCUAAUCCUACCUAAUAGCACCAAGAGAGCCUUUAAUUUAUACUGCACGUCACCGAGUCAGGACAACAUAUACUAGAGCCUUUGAGGUACCAAUAAUCAUGCAGGGGGUUCUAGAACAUUGUUUUAACUUGCCAUGGGGCCAGUGGCGUUGAAAAUACACUGGCCAUGCUUACAAAUUCACAUGGUAGCGAUUAGAUAACGACAGCAGUUUUCUCACAUCGCUCUUUUGACUAAAUGCCAAAAAUGCGCUGUGGUAUUGUUAAACGAACAUUCCUUUCUUUUCUCUUUCUGCAGAUGCGCUUUACGUGCCUGCUAGUGUUGUUGGUGGCGUUUGCAGUGAUCCACGAGUCACACUCCUGGAUAUACUACUAUCGGAGGAGAGCAGUUCAAAUGAUAUUGAAACUAGCAGCUCAAGUACUUAUUGCCAGGAAAAAAGCACAAUCUGCAAUGUUAAGGGGAAAGCGAGAUAUCUCGGAGUAUGACACCAACAAGGACGGAGUCCUCGACCUAGACGAACUGGAGAAAGUCAUGAGUACUCGAGAUGCUGAGGAUUUUCUGCAAUUUGCAGAUGUUGACGGAAACUCCGAGGUCACUGUGGACGAAUUCAGGCGAGUCGUCAGGGAUCUGAACGAAAGGGAAUAAAAUGAAAUAAAAUAAAAAACACAGAAGACCUACAUACAUUAUCAGACCUUGAGUUAUAACGUCCAAUUAAAAAUUAAAAAUGAAUACGCAGUAAA